AUGUCGACAGAGAUGGCUAAUACGGAUCCAGAGGGAAUCGAUGGUGUUCGUAUGACAUGGAAUGCAUGGCCUCGCACAAAAGUUGAUGCAAGCAAGUGCGUGAUUCCAAUUGCCGCUUCGAUUUCUCCGAUUCGUCCUCACCCACACAUUCCCAACAAUCCUUACGCACCUCUUCGAUGCAAGACCUGUUCUGCUGUCCUCAAUCCUUUCUGCCGAGUCGACUUCUCGGCCCUGAUAUGGAUCUGUCCUUUCUGCUUUCAACGCAACCACUUCCCCCACCACUACUCCGGUAUUUCUGAAACCAAUGUCCCUGCAGAACUCUACCCUCAAUACACCACCAUCGAAUACGUAAUCCCCACCUCCGAUAUCCAUCAUGCACUUCCUCAACCCGUUUACGUAUUCGUGCUUGACACGUGUAUGAUCGAGGAAGAAUUAAGGUUCGCGAAAUUGGCGUUACAACAGGCGCUUGAAUUCUUGCCGGAGAAUGCUUUGGUGGGUUUUGUUUCCUUCGGGACGCAGGUUCAGGUCCAUGAAUUGGGGUAUUCUGAUGUAUCCAAGGUUUAUGUGUUUCAAGGGUCGAAAGAGAUGACUAAAGAUCAUGUUCUAAAUCAACUGGGACUCCUUGGCGGUGUUGCCAGUGGCCGGAGAGUUGGUGGUGGGACAGGGCAGGGUUUUCAGAAGGGGGUAGCACAUGGACACGGAGGGGGGUUUCCGAAUUCAGGGAUUACCAGGUUUUUGUUGCCUGCUUCUGAGGGUGCAUACAUCAUCCAUUCGCGGGUGGAAGACUUAGGUACGGAUAAAUGGCCUGUUGCACCUGGUCAUCGAUCAUUGAGGUGUACUGGACUGGCAUUGAGUGUUGCAUCAGGUUUGCUUGGGGCAUGCUUGCCUGGUACUGGUGGCCGUGUAGUAGCUUUGGUUGGUGGCCCAUGCACUGAAGGCCAUGGUUCGAUUGUCUCGCAAGAUCUCACAGACCCAGUUCGUUCACAUAAAGAUCUGGACAAGGAUGCAGCACUAUACUUUAGAAAAGCAGUCCAAUUUUACGAGGAACUUUCAAAGCAGAUGGUCAACCACGGUCAGGUCUUGGACCUUUUUGCUUCUGCACUAGACCAGGUUGGGGUUGCUGAGAUGAAGGUUAUUAUUGAAAGAACCGGUGGCCUUGUUGUUUUAGCUGAAAGUUUUGGUCAUCCAGUUUUUAGGGAUUCAUUUAAGCGUGUUUUUGAAAACGGAGAAGAGGCUCUUGGUCUUUCCUAUAAUGGCACACUUGAGAUGAACUGUUCAAAGGAUAUCAAAAUUCAAGGGAUCAUUGGACCUUGCACAUCCCUGGAGAAGAAGGGACCUGCUGUUGCAAGCACACCAAUUGGGCAAGGGAACACCACUGCUUGGAAGUUGUGUGGACUGGACAAAGAUACUUGUUUGACUGUUCUGUUUGACAUAUCUUCAACUGACAGAUCAGACCAUUCAGGAACCUUAAAUCCACAGUUGUAUAUACAGACUCUUACAAGGUAA